ACUACGGAUUCAAUUGUCUGCUGCAGAGUCUUCCAAUUGAUCACGUGACUGCAUAUUUUAACUAGAGNCACAACUGCAUUAAACCUUAUUACCAGAUACGUGAUAUUCUUAUGUUUCUAAUAAUAUUUGCUAUUAUGUGGAAAGCAUCUUAGCAUCUUAUCAUUUGUUGUGGUCAUCUUAUUAUUUGGUGUGGUCAUUUGGACAUAUAAUGGGUCCAAAAAGUGAUUUGUUUUCUAAAAACAUUGAAUGCAAAUUAUNUAAUUAAUACACAUGAUGAGAGAAUAUCCUUUGUUGUGGAUACAACAAUUGAAGAAUAUCGUCGAACUGAUUUAAAAGAGACUGCAUUGAGAUCAAAUAGCACAAGUUCUAGGUCUCAAAGACGCUGUGUGCAAGUUAGCUCUGGUCUGCUAUGGAUCAAAUGAAAAUGUUCAGUAUACAACAUAAUUUUUGGUACAAAAAAAAACGAAAAAGAGAGAAAUUGUUUUUCAUGCCUGUUAUUUGUAAUAAUGGCUGAAGACNAAUCGCGUAAGCGGAAAAUGUGGGUGUCUAAGUGGAUAACAGGAAGAAAAGAAAAAGGUUUGCAUCAUAAUCUGUUUUUGGAACUUGCAUUAGAAGAUCCUAAUCGGUUCAGAAGAUGCCUCAGAAUGGAUGUACACACUUUUGAAUAUCUCUUGAAGAAAAUUACACCUCUAAUCAAGAAGCAAAACACUCAUUUACGAGAAAGCAUUUCACCUAAUGAAAGGUUAUCGGUGACUUUGCGACAUUUAGCAACAGGAGAAACUCAAGAAUCGUUAGCUCUCACAUUCAGACUUGGAAGAAGUACCAUUUCAAACAUUAUAAAAGAAGUCACAACAGCAAUAACUAUAGUUUUAAAAGAAGAAUUUCUUCGCUUUCCUUACACUGAAGAUGAAUGGCGUGUAAUUAGCAAUGAUUUUGGAGAGCAAUGGAAUUUUCAUCAUGUAAUUGGAGCACUAGAUGGAAAACAUUGUGUUAUUGAUCCUCCACUACAAUNUGGAUCUAUGUUUUAUAAUUAUAAAGGAGAUUAUAGUGUAGUAUUAUUGGCUUUAGUGGAUGCACAAUUACGGUUUAUUUAUGUGNAUGUAGGGACUAAUGGCAGAGUGAGUGACUCUGGUGUUUGGAAUAAGUGCUCUCUCAAACAUCAUUUAGAUAAAGGUACUCUAAAUAUUCCUCCUCCUGCUCCAUUGCCAGGUACACAAGACAAGUUUCCUUUUGUGAUUNUUGGGGAUGGAGGGUUUUCGUUAUCAGAGAAACUGUUAAUGCCAUAUCCAAAACCGCAAUGUACUGGGAUGAUAAACAGAAGAAUAUUUAAUUAUAAAUUAUCUAGAGCUCGGCGGUGUUCCGAAAAUGCUUUUGGUGUUAUGGCUGCUCGUUUCCAAAUUUUUCGAUCUGCAAUGCGAUAUGNUCCGGAUAACGCAAGUACAAUCAUUUUAAGUAUAUGUUGUUUGCAUAACAUGCUACGAAGUCAAUCUAUUGGACGAGCUAUGUAUACACCAUCUUCAUUUCUUGAUGGAGAAGAUGUAAUUUCUGGUGAAUUUCGACGUGGGGAGUGGAGAGCCNAAAACGCAAGAGGGAUGAUUAAUUUAGCUCAUCAAGGUGGCAAUCGUCAUCCAACUCAAGCAAUAGUACUUAGAAACANGUGGUGCGAUUAUUUUAAUACUAUUGGUGCAGUUCCUUGGCAAGAGCGAAUGGUGCAAUAAAUUAUAAUUCUUGGAAACACUAAAUAUAAGCAUACUUGUCUUAUUCAAAAGUAUAUUAUUAAG